CACAAGAAACGAGAAGCUGGGUAGAAGGCAGAGCCACUCCUGACAAUAACACCCUGGCAAUGAGGGUAUGAUGGAUUUAUUUGAUGGAUAAUGCCCUCCUUAAAAUGUGAGCAGUGCUGAGGAGGACAAUCUUCUGGAUUUCUUUGGGCUUUCGGCGGUUUUCAGAUGGUGCAGGGCCUCUGUGAGGAAUAUCCUCGCCGUGGUGAUCCUCAUUUGCUUGUUGGGUAGAGUUUGUUCCAGUAACAAACUUUUCAACUUCAGCCUGGUUCCCUACUGAUGGUCGUGGUCCUUGUCGACCCGCGUGACGACCGAUGCGGUUCCAUCUGAGUAGGAGGUGGCAACAAAAGACCAAAUGCCAUGGAUGUAUUCAAUUAUACCUACUGGAAUGCCUCUGAAGGCAAUGACACAGAAGUUGUGGAAGAGAGCGAAAGCGCCUACAAGACUGUGGAGGUGGUGUUCAUUGUGUUGGUGGCCGGUUCCCUAAGUUUGGUUACAGUUAUUGGAAAUAUCCUUGUCAUGCUUUCCAUUAAAGUUAAUCGGAACUUACAGACUGUCAACAACUAUUUUUUAUUUAGCCUUGCAUGUGCAGACCUAAUUAUUGGACUGUGCUCUAUGAACUUGUACACAGUCUACAUAGUAAUAGGGUACUGGCCACUGGGGCCGGUGGUGUGUGACCUGUGGUUAGCCUUGGACUAUGUUGUCAGCAAUGCAUCUGUCAUGAAUCUUCUCAUCAUAAGCUUUGACAGAUAUUUCUGUGUGACCAAGCCGCUCAGCUACCCCGUCAAAAGGACCACCAAGAUGGCAGGAAUGAUGAUUGCUGCAGCCUGGGUCCUGUCUUUCAUUCUCUGGGCACCAGCCAUUCUCUUCUGGCAGUUCAUUGUUGGUGGGCGGACAGUACCUGAAAAGGAGUGCUACAUCCAGUUCUUCUCUAAUGCCGCAGUCACUUUUGGCACUGCCAUCGCCGCCUUUUACCUGCCUGUCAUCAUCAUGAUUCAGCUCUACUGGCAGAUUUCCAGAGCGAGCAAGAGCCGUGUAAAGAAGGAUAACCGUAAGCCAUCAGCAGCCAAUCCAGAGCCCCUGUCGCCUGGCCAGAGGAGGAACAACACACCAAAACCCAACAAUAACAACGUACCAGGGGAAGACACGGUGCGUUCCCAGAGCCUGAAUGCUGAUGAUGGAGCAAACCAGCAUGAUGGAAAGUUGCAAAAUGGCAAAGGACCUUCCUCGACCACUGCUGAGGGAGAAACUGAAGGUGAUGAGGUGGCGAGGGAGAACUGCACUCCUGGAGAAGAAAAGGAGAGCUCCAAUGAUUCAACAUCAGGAAGUGUGGCUGCGUCCAAUCAGAAGGAUGAGGAGGCGGCUCCCUCUGCCGCCAACUCCGGUGCAGAGACAAGCCAGCCGCUCCCACGUCAGCGAGCCAAGGCAGGGGGCUCCAAGCUGACCUGCAUCAAGAUCAAGACAAAAUCACCCAAGGGUGACUGCUACACACCAUCCAACGCCACCGUUGAGAUUGUCCCUGCCUCAGAGCGGCAGAAUCACGUGGCACGGAAGAUUGUGAAGAUGACAAAGCAACCUCCUAACAAGAAGAAGAAAGCACCGCCAUCACGGGAGAAAAAAGUGACCCGCACCAUAAUGGCCAUCCUGGUAGCUUUUGUAGCCACCUGGACUCCUUAUAAUGUGAUGGUGCUUAUUAACACCUUCUGCUCCAGCUGCAUCCCUAACACAGUGUGGACUAUUGGCUACUGGCUGUGCUACAUCAACAGCACCAUCAACCCAGCCUGCUACGCUUUGUGCAAUGCCACUUUUAAAAAGACAUUCAAACAUCUUCUCCUCUGCCAGUAUAAAAAUAUAAGGUCAGCCAGAUAAAUACGGGCUCUUUCUAAGGAGAAAGAGGUGCCUGUGUGUGUGUGUGCGUGUGUGUGUAUAUGUGUGUGUGUGCCAUCCAUGUAUAGGCGUGUGUGUGUUUGUGUGUGAGAGCGUGUGUGUCUGUAAAAAAGGUUUGUGAGCAUGAUAAAGAAUGCAAGAGAACAUUUGAAGUUACUUUCCAUAACUAUAUCAUUUGUUUGUUUUUUUCAGUUUCUCUCUCAAUAACCGGUUGUAGCACUUUGCACAAAUUCAACUGAUGCCAGUUGCUUUGAGAUGUGUCAUGCAGAAGCAGCAUAGAUAAGGAAGGCUGUGAGGAAUCCAGUUUCAUUCAGAGUUGUAAGCUAAGAAGAAAUGAGAGCUUGUAAAGCAGGGAGCACUUGGGAGUGACACUGAGCGGAUGAAAAAAGAAAAAAAGAGCCGAGGAAGAUCUGCGCUGUACGAAAACACAAGAAACAUCAAAAUGGGAAAAUAGGGCUGACUGAAUUUACAAACCUCAGAAGUUUGAAGUUCAGUGAAGAUACCUGUAGAUAAUUGUACAUAUCAGUGUAUACUCAAUAUUUAUGUGAGUGCACGUGUGGGAGUGUGCUGGCUCGGAAUAUGUGUGUACACCUAUGUGUGCCCCCUCUGCUUGCCUUCUUUCUAUCUGUCUGUGAUCCUCAUCGUGGCACUUCCAGCCAGCAACCUGUAAAAUAAAGUGAGGCAGCAUGUGUAGAUUGCCUCUCACAUGGUCAUAUCAGACUUCAGCAGCCCCCCCCAAAAAAACUAAAACAAUAGAAUGCAGUAGAACUACUUUCUAAUGAAAACGGUUAAAAAAGGAUGUUAACCCUUUUUGUAUUUUCUAUAAAAUACAUAAUUUAUUGAAUAGAUGGACAUGCAACUAAUUUGGAACAAUAUAAUGAAUCGUGAUAAUGAAUCAGUGAUCCUACUAGAGAAUGAACCCCCCCACUUUGAUUUGAAGGCACAUUUUGGGAAAUAUCCAUUUGCUGUCUUGCUGAGAGUUAGAUGAGGAGAUUUUAUGGAUAUGAAGCUGAAGCCAGGAUAGAGUUAGCUUAGUUUAGUAUAAAGACUGAGAGCAGGAGGAAACAGCUAG